AUGAGCAACACACGUGGCAAUUGGGCAUCCGCCGCCGCACAGGCAGCUGCGAACGCAAACACAACUGCAGGUGAGGCCGAGGUGGCGCAGUCAACUGCAACACCGCUAAUGAGCCCCGCCGCAGCAUACCGCAGUGCCCACGACGCCGUUGCGGAGUUGCAACACGGCCUGCACGGCUAUGAACAACAAGUCUCACGGGUGGUGCAGCACAUUAAGAAUCUCACUAAUGUGAUUGAGACACUGCGGCAACACUAUGACGCAGUGGUGGAGGAACGGGAUUACAUGAACCGCUCUCUUGAGGCGGCCGAGGGACGAUUGCUGGAUGUUCAGCGUGUGGUGCAGCGUUACGCUGCGGUAACAGAUCCUGUUGUCGCCUCCGACGGCUUCACGUAUGAACGUGAGGUGAUUACAAAGUACCUGAAUGAGUGUCAGACACUCAAGAAUGUGCCCAUGUCACAGCAGACGCACAAGGAGUUAACAAUGCUGCUGUUUCCCAACCGCUCCUUCAAGCGAUUCCUCGAGCAAUUGAUGGAAACACGACCUGCGGAUAUGCGUACUGAUGUGCUGGGCAGCAGCGGCCACGGCAACAACACCAACAACAGCAUCAACAACAGCAAUAACAGUAACACGAACAACAGCAUCACCGCCUCAGGCCGGGCGGGCGUUAAUGGACAUCACAACCACAAGGGUGAAACAGGCAAUAAGGGCGCUAGUUUGGCGGCCGCCGCAGCGGCGGGUGGCGGUGUGAGUGGGAGCAGCAGCGGCGGGGAGCGUCUGCAUCCGUGUGUGCGUGUGUACGGCUACUGCAACUACAAGGACACCUGCGCGUACGCACUGUACCCGUACGAUGCGUGUCUCUCGCACCUGAAGGGGAAAUGCCGCUUCCGCUCGCAGUGCCACGAGCGCCACGUGGACUUCCGCGGCCCGAUGAACCACACACAGCAGAACGGUGAUGGUCGGGGCCCCGCCUCCAACGCCGUGGCGUGA